AUGUCGAUUGUUCUCCGCUCAUCACCACUAAAAUAUUUUCAAGGCCUCCAACAAAGAUUUGUUCAAAUCUCAAGGUCAGCGUGUCAAACGCUUGAAUCUGUAGAGAUGAGUUUAUUUGGAUCCCCAAAGUUGUUUGGAUUUUCGCAACCGACUACAAGCGCUACUAGUGUAGCUCCAACUCUUGGCUUUGGAUUACAGCCAUCAGUUGCCAAUACAACGACACCAUUCGGAGGUUUUGGUUUUGGAUCUACUGCCUCAACUUCAAGUUCUGGAUUGUUUCAAGUGCCAACAACAAAUGCAACCAAUUCAACCUUUCCUGGAUUUGGACAAAAUCCAACUCCUUUUCAAGGUUUUAACUUAAACACUCCAAAAACAACCUCUGGGUUGUUCGGUUCUACAUUUUCUGCUCCUGCUGCUAGUACUCAGCAAAGUUUAAAUUUAUUUGGAUCUCAGUUAGGCCAACAAGCAUCUCAAAAUACUGGAUUUAGCUUCACACAGCCGACUCAAAGUUUGUUCAACAUACCAAAAACGCAAGGCUUCGGCUUUGAUCAAAGUCUUUCAGUAACUGCUCAACAACAACAGCAGCAGCAGCAGCAACAACAACAACAGCAACUACAAGUUGCACAACAGAACACAGUCGAUGCUUUCUUUGCUUCUUUAUCUCAACCCAUGCUAUUUGGUGAUGAACGUGAUUCAGUUAUAGCACGUUGGAAUCAACUACAAGCAAUGUGGGGUACUGGUAUUGGUUACAGUGCUGUAGGUAUGGUGAGUUAUACACCGGAGAAUACAUUUGCACGAUUAAAAUCUAUUGGAUAUAAUGUUUUGCCUACAAGUACUGAUGCUGAUGGACUUGUUUGUUUAUACAUUGGCCGUCCAUUCUCUGAAGUUACAAAUCAACGUCAAGCUGUACAAGAUAGUUUAUUUAGACUAUUAGGUGGUCGUCCUAAUUUACAGCUAGUGGUGGAAGAAAUUCGUCCAUGUGCUGAAGCUGAAGACAGUACUGAGGUCAUAUUGAAAGUUGUGGAACGAUUAGCUACUGGCGCAACAUCUACUAUAUCCGCUAGUGAACUUGCAAAGUAUUUAUCAAGUCCAUCGGUUGCACCUCAACUUCAAUCACAAUUGUGUGUGAAUCGUUUAAUUCCGGAAAUAUCUCCAUCUGCUGCACAGAUUGUUGCUUAUAAUGAGAAUCCACCAGCUGGUUUUGAUAGAUUAAUAUGGCAACAGGCUUGCCUUGAUAAUCCACAUCCUGAUCGUAUGAUCCCAAUUCCUUUUAUUGGAUUUUCUGACUUAAGAAGACGUAAAUGUGAUCAACUUGCUUACGGUGAACAACAGAGCAGUAUGAUCAAGAUGAGUUUAUUUGGAUCCCCUAAGUUGUUUGGAUUUUCGCAACCGACGACUAGCGCUACUAGUGUAGCUCCAACUCUUGGCUUUGGAUUACAGCCAUCAGUUGCCAAUACAACGACACCAUUCGGAGGUUUUGGUUUUGGAUCUACUGCCACAACUUCAAGUUCUGGAUUGUUUCAAGUGCCAACAACAAAUGCAACCAAUUCAACCUUUCCUGGAUUUGGACAAAAUCCAACUCCUUUUCAAGGUUUUAACUUAAACACUCCAAAAACAACCUCUGGGUUGUUCGGUUCUACAUUUUCUGCUCCUGCUGCUAGUACUCAGCAAAGUUUAAAUUUAUUUGGAUCUCAGUUAGGUCAACAAGCAUCUCAAAAUACUGGAUUUAGCUUCACACAGCCGACUCAAAGUUUGUUCAACAUCCCAAAAACGCAAGGUUUCGGCUUUGAUCAAAGUCUUUCAGUAACUGCUCAACAACAACAACAGCAGCAGCAGCAACAACAACAGCAACUACAAGUUGCACAACAGAACACAGUCGAUGCUUUCUUUGCUUCUUUAUCUCAACCCAUGUUGUUUGGUGAUGAACGUGAUUCAGUUAUAGCACGUUGGAAUCAACUACAAGCAAUGUGGGGUACUGGUAUUGGUUACAGUGCUGUAGGUAUGGUGAGUUAUACACCGGAGAAUACAUUUGCUCGAUUAAAAUCUAUUGGAUAUAAUGUUUUGCCUACAAGUACUGAUGCUGAUGGACUUGUUUGUUUAUACAUUGGUCGUCCAUUCUCUGAAGUUACAAAUCAAGGUCAAGCUGUACAAGAUAGUUUAUUUAGACUAUUAGGUGGUCGUCCUAAUUUACAGCUAGUGGUGGAAGAAAUUCGUCCAUGUGCUGAAGCUGAAGACAGUACUGAGGUCAUAUUGAAAGUUGUGGCACGAUUAGCUACUGGCGCAACAUCUACUAUAUCCGCUAGUGAACUUGCAAAGUAUUUAUCAAGUCCAUCGGUUGCACCGCAACUUCAAUCACAAUUGUGUGUGAAUCGUUUAAUUCCGGAAAUAUCUCCAUCUGCUGCACAGAUUGUUGCUUAUAAUGAGAAUCCACCAGCUGGUUUUGAUAGAUUAAUAUGGCAACAGGCUUGCCUUGAUAAUCCACAUCCUGAUCGUAUGAUCCCAAUUCCAUUUAUUGGAUUUUCUGACUUAAGAAGACGUAAAUGUGAUCAACUUGCUUACGGUGAACAACAGAGCAGUAUGAUCAAGUAUAUUACUGAAUUGCUGUCUAAAUUACGCACUGGUCAACUUGGUAUGUCACAACGAAUUAUUCAAUUGAAACGUAAACAAAUCGAAUUAACCCAUAGAGUAUUGAAAGUUCUUAAACAUCAGGAAGUGCACAGGAGAUGUGGAUUUGCUAUCAGUGCAGAAGAAGAGGGAAUGCGUUGUGAACUUGAACGUAUAUGGUCAGAACUUGUCGCUCCAAGAGGUUUACGUAUUCGAUUUCAAGAAUCAUUGUCUGCACUUCGUAAUUCUUCUGAGUUUAACAAAAGAGAUAAAGAAAAUAUUGGUUCAUUAGAAUCUGGCGAUAUUUAUCCAUCAACAUGGAGUUUAGAUGCGGAUUCGUUAAAUGAAUUGAAAGAGUAUUUAACUCAACGUCAUAAUGGUAUUCGAGAAAUGCAACGACUUAUUAAUGAAAUGACAAACAGUUUAAAAAUUAUGGAAGAUAAUCCAAUCACAAGUAUUAAUCCAUCUGUUCAUAAAUCACCAUAUGUAAAUUCACCUCCAAUUGGUGGUGUGCACAAAGUAUCAUUUGCUGUUAAUUCUCGUAUUAUUCAUUAA